AUGGUACUUGGCAAAACCUUCAUGAAGGCCGCCGCCUUGGUGGCAGGAUUGGCCAUCACUUCAGAUGCUCUCGCUGUCAGAAAGCCCAAUCUCAAUGAGCUCAUCAAGCCAUACAAGAGAGACCUUGGGAAAAACCUUCUACAGGGUCUUGUCACCUGGGACGAGCACUCUCUCUUUGUGCGUGGUGAGAGAAUUAUGAUAUACUCGGGAGAAUUACCCGUACCUAGCUUGUGGCUAGAUGUCUUCCAGAAAAUUAAGGCAUUGGGAUACAACGCAGUCUCAUUUUACGUCGACUGGGCUCUUGUCGAGGGAAAGCAAGGCGACUUCACCGCUGAAGGUAUCUUUGCCUGGGAACCUUUCUUCGAAGCUGCCCAGAAGGCAGGCAUAUAUCUGAUUGCCCGACCUGGACCAUACAUCAACGCCGAGGUCUCCGGUGGUGGAUUCCCUGGAUGGCUCUCGAGAGUCCCAGCCCCUCUCCGCACACGAGACCCACGAUUCCUUAACGCGACUGACAAUUACUCCCGCAACAUUGGUGAGAUCAUUGCAAAGGCUCAGAUCACCGAAGGAGGUCCGGUCAUUCUCUAUCAGCCCGAGAACGAAUACUCUCAAGCUGUCUCCAGCGACCCCGAGUUCCCCGAUCAAGCCGUUGAGCAGAAGUUCAGAGACGCCGGCAUCGUCGUUCCAUCGAUUCUAAACGAUGCCUUCCCACAUGGAUACUUUGCACCAGGAACCGGAGUUGGAGCAGUGGAUAUCUACGGAUAUGACGGAUACCCUCUUGGCUUCGACUGUGCGAACCCGACCACCUGGCCUGAUAACAAUCUUCCCACGUACUACGGCAACCUGCACGAAGAACAGAGCCCUUCGACACCAAACUCAAUCCUUGAGUUCCAAGGUGGCUCUUUCGAUCCAUGGGGUGGGCUUGGCUUUGCCCAGUGCGCUGAAUUGCUCAACUCCGAGUUUCAGAGAGUCUUCUACAAGAACGACUUCUCCUUCGGAGUGACGAUCUUCAACAUCUACAUGACCUAUGGUGGUACCAAUUGGGGAAACCUCGGACAUCCAGGCGGCUAUACUUCCUACGAUUAUGGAGCUGUUAUCACCGAGGAUCGUCUUGUGUCCCGCGAGAAAUACAGCGAAGCCAAGCUUGAAGCAAACUUCCUGCAGGCAUCGCCAGCAUACUUGACGGCUACUCCUCAGAACAACACCCAUGCCAAUGGAUCCUACACCGAUAGCCCUGAUAUUGCUGUUACUGCUCUGCUAGGCAACAGGACUAACUUCUUCGUCAUUAGACAUGCAGCAUACAACUCUCGUGCCUCGACUCAGUUUAAAUUGAACCUACCUACCAGCCAAGGAAACAUCACGAUUCCCCAGCUGAAUGGCUCUCUUGUCCUGAACGGACGUGAUUCCAAGUUCGCAGUGACCGACUAUGACGCUGCGGGCACCAACCUGCUCUACUCAUCUGCCGAGAUCUUUACUCAAAAGUCUUACGGUGACAAGCAAAUCCUAGUCGUCUACGCCGGUCCCAAUGAGAACCACGAACUUGCCCUCACUCUGUCUUGCAGCAGUGAGAUCAUCGAAGGAUCUGGUGUCAAUAUUGUGAAGAAGAAGGGCACUACUAUCAUUGGAUUCAAGAGUAGUUCCGAGAGACGAAUUGUCAAGGUUGGCGAGCUCUACGUUUACAUCCUCGACCGCAACGAUGCCUACAACUACUGGGUUCUUGACUUGCCUUCCAGCACUGUCUCUGGCAACUACACUAAUGCCACCCUCGAGACCUCUGCCGCUAUCGUUAAAGCAGGCUAUCUCCUGCGCACCGUCCAGGUCAGCGACAACACUCUGCAUCUCACUGGUGAUCUCAAUUCCACUACCGACAUUGAAGUCAUUGGUGGCGCGCCAGCAAAGCUUACUGAGCUUACAUUCAAUGGUGAGAGCAUCAAGUUUGCUCAGGAUAGCUGCUCUGGUGUGGUUACAGGCUCUGUUGCCUAUAAAGAGCCGUCCUUCUCCAUUCCUGACCUGUCUUCCGUGAGUUGGAAGGUAUUGAACUCUCUACCCGAGGUUUCCCCAGGAUAUGAUGAUAGUCUCUGGACCAAUGCCGACCUUACCUACAGCAACAAUACUCAACGUAAUCUGACCACUCCUGUGUCGCUGUACGGAUCAGACUAUGGCUACAACGCUGGAAACCUCCUCUUCCGUGGCCACUUCACUGCAAGUGGCAGUGAAAGCUCAAUCUACCUCCAGACUCAGGGCGGAUCAGCGUUUGGCAUGUCCGCUUGGUUGAACGGCACUUUCCUCGGCUCCGCUCGUGGCAUCGACGCCGCUUCGAAUGCUAACUCGACUUUCAGUCUACCCAAUGUUGCCUCAGGCAGCUCGUAUGUCCUGACUGUUCUCAUCGACCACAUGGGGCUCCAGGAGAAUGGACAAGGAGGCUCCAGUGAGAUGAAGACCCCUCGUGGUAUUCUCAAUUAUUCUCUUAGCGGUCGCAACGCUUCUGCAAUCACGUGGAAGUUGACUGGCAACCUUCACGGCGAGGACUAUGAAGACCGCACGAGAGGACCUCUCAACGAGGGUGGUCUCUAUGCUGAGAGACAGGGUUACCAUCUUCCAGGCGCACCUACAUCUAGCUGGGCCAACAGCACCUCCGGGCCAAUGGCUGGUAUCACUUCUCCUGGUGUCUCUUUCUACUCCACAACAUUCGAUCUAGACAUGCCUUCUGGUUACGAUAUUCCCAUUGCCAUCUCUUUCUCCAACGCCACAUCAAGCAGCAACGGCUCAGCUCCUGUUGCAUACCGAAGUCAGAUCUACGUAAACGGCUACCAAUUUGGCAAGUACGUCUCGAACAUCGGCCCUCAAGACGUGUUCCCUGUGCCACAAGGUAUCUUUGACUACAACGGGCCCAACUACCUUGCUGUCUCAUUGUGGGCCUUGGACGAAGGAGGUGCAAAGAUCUCGAAUUUGAGUUUGGUUGUCGGUCCUGCCAUUCAAAGUGGAUAUGGACCUAUCUCUCUUAGCCCCAUGACUGGAUGGUCCAAGAGAGAAGGUGCGUAUUAA